CAGUGCUGUGAAGAUGGCGGCGUACAGUCGCGCUCAGCUGCUGCUGCUGUUGUCGUCCGUGUGCCUCUGCAGUUUCGGCUCCGUCCUCGGCUUGAAGGCUGCCAGCGGCCCGGCCGAGCUUCACAACCCGCCCGUCCUCAGACCUGCUGAUCCGCCGGCGAAGGAUGCACCUGCAGCCGCAGCCGCUGGGGCCUCACAGCCUCGAAGGGCGACCGGUUGGAAGCUGUCGGAGGAGGAGGCCUGCCGGGAGGACCUGACCCGCCUCUGUCCCAAGCACACCUGGACCAACAACCUGGCAGUGCUGGAGUGUCUGCAGGACCGCAAAGAGGAAAUUGAUAUUGCUCCUGACUGCAACCAUCUUCUGUGGAACUACAAACUCAAUCUAACCACAGAUCCAAAGUUUGAAUCUGUGGCCAUGGAGAUUUGUAAGAGCACCAUCACUGAGAUAAAGGAGUGUAAUGAGGUGGAGCGAGGGAGGGGAUACCUAGUGUCCUGCCUGGUGGAUCACCGUGUUAACAUCAGUGAGUACCAGUGUAACCAGUAUAUCACCAAGAUGACCAGCAUCAUCUUCAGCGACUACAGGUUGAUCUGUGGCUUCAUGGACAAAUGCAAAGAAGAUAUCAACAGCCUGCGCUGCGGCAGCAUCAACAUAGGACACAAGGACAUCCACUCCCAGGGUGAAGUGAUCGCUUGUCUCGAGAAGGCGUUAGUGAGGGAGGUGGAGCAACAGGAUCGUGCUCAUCCAAUCAAAGAGGAGUGUCAGAAAGCGAUCCUGCGGGUGGCGGAACUUUCCUCGGAUGACUUUCACCUCGACAGACACCUUUACUUCUCCUGCCGAGACGACCGCGAGAGGUUCUGCCAGAACGUAAGGAGGCACUACCGCUGCUUGCAUGAUGUUCAUGCUUCCGGGCAUCCGGUCAGCGGAGAAUGCCAGGGGGAGAUGCUGGACUACCGGCGGAUGCUGAUGGAGGAUUUCUCUCUCAGUCCGGAGAUCGUGCUUCACUGCCGGACGGAGAUCGAGGCCCAGUGCUCCGGCCUGCACCGCAAAGGCCGCACACUGCACUGUCUGAUGAGAAUCGGUCGCGGUGACCGGAGCAAUGCCAUGGACAGCGUCUGCCAGAACGCUCUUCAGACUCUGAUCCAGUCUGCUGAUCCAGGAGGCGACUAUCGGAUCGACCGGGCUCUCAACGAGGCCUGCGAGUCCGUUAUCCAGACUGCCUGCAAACACAUCCGCAAUGGAGACCCAAUGAUCCUGUCAUGCCUGAUGGAGCAUCUGUACACAGAGAAGAUGGUGGAGGACUGUGAACACCGCCUGUUAGAGCUUCAGUAUUUUAUAUCCAGAGACUGGAAGUGAGUGUGCCCGCUGAUGCUGAUGGGAAUGCGACAAAUCGGCAUUGUUCAGCUGUAGAACUUUCUCUGGUGUUUAAGCUUGUUUUCCUGGUUUAUAUUAAGUCCAGCUAGAUAGUUAGCCUCUUUUUUUUAUCAGCACACAAAAGACGUCGUGGCCUGGUAGAAAUGAUCAUGAGGGUGACUUUACUUGUGACGCAGGAGCCAAUGCUAUUAGUACGUUCCCUGCCACUACAUUUCAUUCCCCACAUCCUGUAUAAGGUUAU